AUGCAGGUAAUAGCUCAGGCAGCAAUUAUAAGUCUUUAUGCUAUCUUUACUAGGAUUAGAAGAGGAAGAAUUCUGGCUUUACGGAUAGGCUUAUAUCUAUUAUUAAGUUAA